GUCUUCAAAGUUGCAAGUGUCAGAUUUGUCCAGGUGUGAGAAUUUCACGAUCUACACGGCAUAUUUCGGCGUCUGGCAAUCGUCCCUGCUGCAUUUAAGAAGCUUCUGCAUUCAAGAUGCCAAAGCAAGAGGGCGGCAAGUCGCCACAGCAGGGCCAAACAGCGACGUACAGUAUGGAGUCCCCAAGACGGUCAGCCAGGCAAGUGGAACGUCGCAAACGGAAACUCGAGAAAGCUGUGGAAGAAGAGAAGGGUGCUGCAGAAACUAGCGAGAAGAAAUCCAAGAGAGUGCCAAAAAAGAAGUCGAAUCAUCAUCGUUCUGGUGCUAAGACCUCACGAACAGGAAAAUACAAACCGUACACAGCUGACAGCGUCUCCGCUAAGUUGCGCAAAGAAGGCAACCUUGCCUAUGGGUCGGCCUUCAAGGAAGGCAUUCCUUCAGUAGUGAAGAUGGCCAGGUUAGAGAAGUCUCUCCAUUUUUACAUCCGAGCUGCAAAUGAAGCUGAUGGGCCGACUCGGGAUGGCGACUGGUCAUCAGCGACAAAGAAUUGUGGGAUGGCCACCAAACGCAUGGCCCAGGAAUGCCCUGAAGACAAUGAGGAGCGCCCCUUCAACAAUACCUUGUGCUUCUACAGGAGAUCAUUGAAGUAUUUGACCCAAGCACUUGCCAGAGGCUCCAGUUGCCAGGAGCAUCAAUGGGAGGAGAAUUUGAAAGAGGAGAUUCAAGACGUCUACCAGGACGUCAUGGAGGUCUUGAGCGAUUUUGACGACAAGAAAGACUUUCUCAAAGAGCUCUACCAGCUUUCCAACGUGAUGUCGCCUGGAGUGCAUCUUGCCAAAGCCAAGCUCGACAUAUGCACCACACUCUUCAAGGAGUCGGUAAAGUUCCUUGAAGUUGAGAACUUCAAGGACAGUCUGAGGUGCCUCCACGACAUUCGUCAGCCAGUCGAGGAGGCACUUCAGAUGCUGCGCAAUAGAUCCAUCUCGCAUGAUCCGGAAGCCGUGGAACUUACCUUUGAUCUUGAAGUGGUGAAGCGUGACACCGCUUACCAUAUCUGCACCUCCGAAUCAAUCCAGGCCAGGAAGUGCGGAGAAAAAAUGCUGAAGCAAGUUCUGGGAAGUGAGGAAUACUUAAACAUGGAUGAAGUCUUGACAACGCUGGAUUGGUUCAAGGAAGCUAGCCUCAAGGCAGCCGAGCUUGACCUUGAACAGGAGGCAGCCGCCCUGAGCUUCCUUGGGCUCAUUCAUCAGAAGAUCCUCUUCUCCACCACCCGGAGCAAACAGUACUACAAGAGGUGUUUGGAGCUCGUGGAUGCAGCUAGACCAAAGACAUUCCUGACUCAAGAGUGGUAUAAGCAGUGUGUGGAAGGGUUUAUGAAGAUCCAGGAGAAAGAGCGCAUGAGGGACGAGGCUGCACAGCAGAAGAUCAAAGAUAAGAUUCUUGAAAGUUUGAAAGAAGAGAUUACAGCCUUAAAGGAAGCUAACCUGAAAGGUGUCUAUAGCCUGCUGGAGCAUCUCUACAAACACCACGUGCCAUCCAAGACGCCGAAGUUCACCAGUAAACACCUUGAAGACCUUCAGAAGAACGUGGAUGAGCCUUUCACUAUGACCGCGCAGAAGCAACGCAAGAAGCUUCUUCUCAAAGCUUGUCAAGACUUCCAUCCAGACAAAUUCGCCGGAACAGUGGGUGAGAAUGAAUCCCAGGAGGACCGCGACAAACGUAAGGUACUCCACGAGGAGAUCACCAAGAUGAUCACUAAGUACUACGAGCAUCUUAAGAUGUGUUAGAAAGUUUCUCCUACAGGCUGAGAAAGUCUUUUUUAUGAACUUCCAAGCAGUAUUUUUAUCAGGUGAGGCUUGCGGUAGCACCACUCUUUUGAGCAGGUUCUGAGAAGAGACGGUGGUUUUUAUGCUAAAUCAGUUAUUGAAAAAAUGGGAGACUCUUGGGGACACAAGGGCAGGCCCAAUUUCAUGACCCCGCUUACUGGGGAAUUUGUUGUGCUUACACCCUACCAUGGUGUAUAGGAGGCCGUUUUAUAGGGCGCCAACAAAACAGGAUUCUAUGGUAAGCAGCGCCCAUGAAAUUGUCCCCAGGUGGCAGAAGACAAACUUGGUAAUUCCAUUCUUCUUGAAAUGUGCGCAUGCUCAGAACUUGCUACAUCAACAACAGAAGUUUACCUGAGCCAAUUUCAUAGAGCUGCUUAAAGGAACACGUUGCCUUCUUGGAUCGGUCGAGUUGGUCUG